AGCAAAUCAAUAGGCUUGUUAUUUCUCAGAAAUUGUCUUCCAUCUGAAAUUUUGACCAACAGAUCAAAUAAUUCCAAAAAAAUUGAAACAGGCACUCCCUAAAUCAUUUAAUAAAGUGUUACAUAAUUGCUGGGUUUAGGCCCCGCUUAUGUACAAAAAGUGGUGCAUAAUUGCAUUCAUUUCUCUGCAAACAACAAUGGAUCUCUUUCCCUUCAUCCCCAUCAUCAUUUUCACACUAUUGAUCCACAACUUCUCUCUGAUUCUGGGGCAGCAACCUUACAUUGGUUUAGGCACAGUAGCGUGCCCAAGAAGGGGUAACAAAAAUUCUAUCCGUGGUUACACUUGCAAUGGUGCAAACCAUAGCUGCCAAAGUUACCUCACCUUCAGAUCUCAACCCAUCUACAACUCUGUCAAGACAAUAUCAACUUUGUUGGGUUCUGACCCAUCCCAGCUUGCUAAAAUAAACUCAGUUUCCAUGAAUGACACCUUUGAAACAAACAAGUUGGUUAUUGUUCCGGUCAACUGUUCCUGUGCAGGUGAGUAUUAUCAAACAAACACAUCCUAUGAGUUCCAUAAUUCAGAAACUUACUUCUUGAUUGCCAACAAUACUUUUGAGGGCCUCACAACAUGCCAAGCUUUGGAGAACCAAAACCACAACCCUGCAAACAUAUACCCUGGUAGAAGGCUUUUAGUGCCUCUUAGAUGUGCUUGUCCCACAAAGAAUCAAACUGAGAAAGGCAUCAGGUACCUCCUAAGUUACUUGGUAAACUGGGGUGAUUCUGUUUCAUUCAUUAGUGAGAAAUUUGGUGUCAACUUUAUGACCACUCUUGAAGCUAAUACACUUACUCUCACCCAAGCCACGAUCUAUCCCUUUACCACAAUUCUAGUUCCCCUUCAUGACAAGCCCUCAAGUUCUCAAACUGUUUCGCCAACUCAGCGCACUCCACCACCCUCUCCUCCCUCUUCUGAUCAUAGCUCAAACAAAACAUGGGUGUAUGUAGUUGUUGGGGUUGUUGUGGGAGCUAUUGCCUUAAUAUCGGUUCUCUGUGCUGUCAUUUUCUUCACACGCUAUCGCAAAAAUAGAAAGAAAGAUGACUCAGUGGUAGUAGGGUCCAAGAGUUUUGAGGCAAUUGAGGAAAAACCAGAAGUGAAAGUGAAUGAAAAAUUGUCAGAGAUCAUAUCUGGCAUAGCUCAGUCUUUCAAAGUGUAUAAUUUUGAGGAACUACAGCGUGCAACAGAUAACUUUAGUCCUAGCAGCUGGAUCAAAGGGUCUGUUUAUCGCGGUGUGAUUAACGGUGAUUUGGCUGCAAUUAAAAGGAUAGAAGGAGAUGUGUCAAAAGAGAUAGAGAUACUGAACAAAAUCAACCAUUCCAAUGUUAUACGCCUUUCCGGGGUUAGCUUCCACGAGGGGGGUUGGUACCUUGUUUAUGAGUAUGCCGCUAAUGGGGACUUGAGUGAAUGGAUCUACUUCCACAACGUGAAUGGGAAAUUUCUGAGUUGGACGCAGAGAAUGCAGAUUGCAUUGGAUGUGGCCACAGGACUUGACUAUCUUCACAGUUUCACUUCUCCUCCUCAUAUCCACAAGGAUAUAAACAGCAGUAACAUUCUUCUGGAUGGUGAUUUCAGGGGAAAGGUCACGAAUUUAAGCCUUGCUAGGUGUUUGGAAGGAGGGGACGAUCAACUUCCCGCGACGAGGCACAUUGUUGGGACAAGAGGCUACAUGGCUCCAGAGUAUUUGGAAAAUGGUCUUGUGUCUACAAAGCUUGAUGUGUAUGCAUUUGGGGUACUUAUGCUGGAAAUGGUCACUGGAAAAGAGGUUGCUGCUAUUUUAACUGAAGAUGAGACAAAAUUGUCACAUGUUUUAAGUGGCAUACUUGGUGAGGAAAGUGGCAAGGAGAUGUUGAAGGAGUUUGUGGAUCCCUCUUUGGGAGAAAAUUGUCCAUUGGAACUUGCUAUGUUUGUGAUUGAAAUGAUUGAUAAUUGCAUAAAGACAGAUCCGGCAAGUCGCCCUAGUGUGCAUGAGAUUGUGCAAUCUAUGUCAAGAACCCUGAAGUCUUCACUGAGUUGGGAAAGGUCAAUGAAUGUCCCACGAAAUUAAACUAGAGCUUGAUCAGAAUCUCUUGAUGUUAAAUCAGUUGAAACAAGAUGCUUCAAUCAGUCAACGAUAUUCUGUAUUUUGCUAACUUCUUCUGUUGUUUUCUCCAUCAAUUUAUGUUGUAGUCCGUUAGUAUUAUUAUAGUGUGUUUGUUCAACUAGGUUUUUAUAGAUAAACAUAUAUGAUACAUUAUGAUGAUCGAAUAAGAAUUUAUUCGAUAACUAUCUUUAAGAGAUCUGAUGCUAAAGAGCAUGAAUAUUUCUCUGACGUCUCUUCCAGAAAUGAAUUUUCUGUAUGUUGUGAUUUUAUCAGAAAUUAAUGUAAUUGUAGUUUUAUUUCCUUGUUAGUUA